AUGUCCCCGGGCAGCAGGAUGAAGAGCGAGUACAUGAAGCGCUAUCGGGAGCCGCGUUGGGACGAGUACGCGCCUUGCUACCGCGAGCUGCUGCUCUACCGCCUGGGCCGCCGGCUGCUGGAGCAGGCGCACUCGCCCUGGCUCUGGGACGACAGGGGCCCGGCUGAGGCCUCGGACGACUCGGCGUUGUCCGGCAACGGGAGCCCCGCGCCACAGGGCGCCGGGGACUCGCCGCCGCCGCCCGCGGAGCUCGGGGCGCCGGAGGGGCCGGCCGGGGACGCGGAGGCCGGGGACGCAGAGGUCGGCGAGGCGAAAGGCACGUCUCUGCCAGCAUCGCCAGUGAAAGGCAUAAAAGGAAAACCUGAACAACAGGUCAGAACAAAUGAGACCGGCCGAUUGCCCAGCUGCGAACCCUGUCACCAGCAAGGUGCCUUGUUUGCUAGAGGAGCUGGGAAAGCGGUCAGAAGUCCUCAAAGAUCGUCAAGUAAAGCAAAAGAGAAGAUGCAUCCGUUUGCCCUGUAUGGGUGGGGAGAAAAGCAGACGGACAUUGGAAGCCAAAGGACUCACAACGUCUGUGCGUCGGCCCCAGUGUGUGCGAUUCAUGAGUCAGCAUUACGAGCCAAGACCAGGAGACAGAUGGAAAAGAGGAAACUGGCUGCUCAGAGGCAGCGGGUGCACUCAGUAGAUGUGGAGAACAGCAGAAGGACCAAGGCUUCGUCCUCGGAGAACCCGUGGAUGACAGAGUACAUGAGAUGCUACUCGGCUGGAGCUUAAAGGAAGAAGCAGCUGCCUGGACAGCCUCCUUUAAGAAGUGUAAACCCAAGAACAAGCAAACAAAAAUCAUGAAAAGAAACUGGACGCAGGUCUAAGAAACCAACUGAUUAUGCAAGGUUUUUCUUAGGGAAUUUCCAAAAGAUUGUUCUAUUUGGAUGAACCCUGGUCACCUUCCUCAGAAGGAAGGUGACUGACAGUUGAAGCCAAAGACACUUGGUUAUUUAUGAAGAUAAUUCCCUAAAUCUUUGAUAUUCUUACAAGGGUUUUGUUUUAAAGCAUCUUAAUCCUUUAAGAUAUCAACACCAAAUGCUUUUAAAUGGGUAUAGAUGCUUCACACUCAGUAUUUUUUUUCAUCAGUUUAGGCAGAUCCUAUUUCAUCCAUAGCUUUUCAGAUCCCUUGGCUGGUCAGAUCAUUCUACAACUUGCGGCAUAGACUCAUUUCCUUCCGUGGAGUUUUGUGAGUCUCAAGUCCUAGUGGGUUUCAGUACUGACACUGAGUCCAUGUACCGUGAAAGCAGAGCUUGGGUAGUUUCUGAAAAAUUAAACUUAUUUGUAUUUCAGUUCAGCAUGACUUCAUGUACACUUCACAUCUGAGAAUUAGCUGGGCUGGGCGAGGGUCAUCUUUUCUCUUUAAACUAUCAGCUAGGCACUUACUAUUUAACAGUUUAAUAGUUCAGAUGCUCCUAUAGGAGUGCCCUGCAGUGUGUCUGCAGUGGUCCUCUCGCUUCUUUGGAGUCAGACUCACUUUCUUCUUAUUGUGAGAUUUUUUUAGAACCCGUAAUGAGGAAUCGGUCAUUUGCUGAGGGCUCACUUGCUGUGGACUUUUGCUUCUUCUGGUAUAGUUGGCAGUGAUAUUUAGAACUUAUCUGAAAUUUCAUUUAAUAAAACUGAGGUUCUCUUGCUCAUGGGGGAUGAAGAACAAACUUAGGAUGCCCAUUAGAGAUGUUAACGUUCUGCACUUGUCCUCUACAGGACUCACUGGUAACAAAGCCUCAAUGAUGCACAUAGUCAGACAUUUCACUGAAAUACCUUAGUCCUAGACUCCCAGCAGGUAGAUCUCAUUUAGAAGGUAAUGUAUACACCUGUCAGUAUGUAAAUGACACACUCCUUCUCAUUGGUACAUUUGCUUUGGGGACAGGACAAGGAGUUCUGAGGAACACUGGUUCCAUCCAGCAGAGACAGGAGUCGACAGGAAGCACAAGUACUGAAUUCUUCACAGCAGAGAAGAGGGGCGCUUGGCCGACCCAGCACCUCAGAGGUGGGACUGAAAAUGUGGUAUUUGGUGGCGGGCCGAGCAUGCCUUGGUAUUUUUACUCUGGGUCUUAGAAGUAUUAUGGUCAAUUUUUAGAACACACAUUUGUUUUAUUCCAUAGUGUCAUCUUACAACUGUAUUAAGCUUUCAAAACUCAUAUUGAAGAAUUGUGAGCUUUAAAAAAAAGACUUAAGUAUUUUGCAUCGUUUUGACUUGAACUGUUUUUCAAAGAAAGCUCUCCUCACUGAGGUGUAUAUUUAACAAUAAGUUCUUUAUGUUGUCUAAAACAAUUGUGGUAGUGACUGGUGACUCUUGCUUACUAUUAAAGUCCUUAAGCAUUGAAAGGAACUGAAAGAUCAAAUUAAUGUGGUACAGUAAGUUCCCGACUUACGAACAUUCACUGAUACGAACGGACCUUACAUUACAAACAUUCGUAGAUGCGAACAAAUCGUGGAAGUAGCUCACGUGUCUGCCAGACAUUGUGACAGUUGUGCUGCUGUGUGCUUACUGUACAGUGCGAUAAUGUAUAGUCAGUAGUACAGUGAUCAAUCAGAGCCCAGGAUGUCUGGAAGCAAGAGGAAAGGAAAAGCAGUGGUGAUGUGGAGGGGACUGCAAGGAAGCACAAAGAUUCACUUUGUCGGACUUGCGAACGAAUCUGACUUAAGAAUGUUCUCCCGGAAUGGAACUUGUUCGUAAGUCGGGGACUUACUGUAGUUGUAUGGUGUAGCUCAUAGUGAACACUGUUCCUUUAAAGCCGCUUCCAGACCACACGUCCAGGGGAGUCUGACAAUCUUAGGGAAGGGAGCCCUGGGGAGUAGCAUGGACAGGCUGCCUUAGAAACCUUCACUUCCUCUCUCUCUUUAGAAAACACCCAUAUUUAAUGAGCUUACUACCAGAAACUCCAGAUGGAGAUCUGAAAUAAAUCAAUGUGAAUUGUGAGUCCCUUUUCUAGGUCCAAAUCAUUAGUUGGUUAGGGUUUCGUUUCUUUCUUUCUCCUUAGGGGAGAAAAUUAUCUUUUGAGCCAGUGAAAUUUUUUCAGUUGUAACAAUUUGAUGGUCUUACUUUCCCCUUCUCAUUCUAGCAGCUAAUGUGGUUGAAAUUAUGUUCCUAAUUCUUGGGACAAUUUGCAAGACAGAAAGUUUAAAAUAACCUUUCGUUAUUUUCCAAACUCUUCGUUGAAAAGAUUGAAACUGCUUGAGGAUCCAGUGAUAUUUAAAAUAUAGAAUAAAAUAGCUACUACACAGGACUCUUUAUAAUUUUGGAUCUAAGCUCUUAAUUAAAAUAAUUUGCCAUGAUAAAAAAGAAUAACCCAGGGUUUUUGCCCUGUGAGACUGGAAAUAGAAAUGAUGAAAACACUGAGUAACUGUUUUGGAGCUAAGGGGUAAAAUCAGCUUGGCUUUGGACACAGUAAAGGAUAUUUACAUGGAAACAUUGUCAGCAUAAUUUUCAUCACAUAGUUGUAAAUUAAAUUAGUUCGGUGUUGGAUAAUCAGUAGCUUAAGGAUAAUAGCAGCACUUAUUAGAAAAGAUGCUUUCACCAGAGAUGACUUAAAGGGAAAUAGGAGGAUGCAGGGUUACUGGCUCAGCCUUUAAAGAGUGCCAACAAUCAUGGGCUGGAAGCAGAACUCAGAAUAGAAUAAUUUCAGGAAGGGUUCUUUUGCUUAUAGCUUAGUAGCUAGAGCUGACAUGGAUACAAAGCAGAGGCAGUACAGGAUACUGGAAUGUCUUGAACUAAAUAAAGGUCAUACUCCUUAGUGCAGUAUAAAAUCGAUUUAGUAUGUUCCACAUAGUAAGGUCAUGUAUUGUUUCCUGACACUCUUGUUUUAGAUAUAUAAACAUAUAUGAUGUGUGUGCUGAGUU